UAUCUCCAUUUUUCUCGCGAGAUUUUCCAAAUAUUUACCUUGGAUAUCCGGUAAAAUGAAGAUUUGAGGAGAAUUUUAACGUAAUACAGACUGAUAGAAUUCAAGUUAGCCAAGUAAAGUAAGAAAACUAUAAAGAUGUCUGCAUUUAAUAUCAACACUGCAAAGAAAGAAGAUGUGUCUUUGAGACUUAAGCAGCACAAUGUGAAGAGAGCACAGGAUGAAACAAAGAAACUUGAAACAGAAAGCAGGAAGAUGGAAGAAAAGUUAAAGGAACUGAGAAUGGCUAUGAAUAGAGAGAAGGAAGAAAGAGAGAAUCAAGGUGGUGGAUUUUGGAGUAGAGGACAAACAGGAAAAUUAAAUAGUUAUGCCACUGAUGUACUCAAUAAACCAACCAAAUCGUCAAAGGAUCCUUCAAAAAGGAAAGUGAAAGUUCUUAAAGAUUCUCCAUUAGAUAUACCAGAAAGAUCUAGUCAGCCAGGAACAUUUGGUCACUUAGCAAAACAAAGUAUUGGUAAUACUCCUAGAGAAAAAAUCAAAGGACCUAAAUGUGGACAGUGUGAAGAGAAAAGAGCAAUGGUGUCCUGUGUACAGUGUUCAGAACAUUAUUGUGCCCAGUGUUUUGCAGCGUUUCAUCUUAAAGGAGCUUUAAAGAAACACAGAUCCGUACCUCUGUCAGCUUCAGGACCAAGACAGUGUAUGUCCCCUCGACCAACACCACCACCAUCUAAUAGGGAAUACCAAAAUGGGUACCAGUCUGCAGAAGGUGCUGUAAAUUUACAUACAAUGAAUAUUCAUCAGCGUGAUAGAAAUAGUCCAGAGGGUGCUAGUGGAUCAUUUGAUGGCCCGUCAUUGUUAGAUGGUACUUAUGAUGAGGGCGAGAAUGCAGUAGCAUUUCAGCAAGCUUUACAGGCCUGGAGGACUGGUGAAGCAGCCUCGGAAACAAAUAAUAAACCAAAAAUUAUAACACCAAGACGUCAUUCUCCUAGAAAAGCUCCAAGGGAUAAUGUUGAACAAAUGGAUCAUAGUACAGGGACUAAUGACAAGUCACCAGAAAUUGAUAUCAAAUUUACAAAUAGUCUUAGUUAUGCUGAACGUCUUCUACUGAAGAAACAUAGGAGAACAGAUCUUGAUGGGCUAUCCACCCCAAGACUAGGCAGUAAUGCCACUACACCUAGAACAUAUAAAUCAGAUAGUACUACACCAAGGAUACAGUCAUUCCCUGAGAGAGAGGAUAGCUUUGACAGUGAUACUUCUUUUGAAAGAGUCGAGUUCCGAGCUCUGUAUGAAGCGGCAACCUCUAACCAGCCAUUAAGUCUUGCCAGACAUGAUGAGGAUAAUAUCUCUAUUAUAGAAAUUCAGAAUGACGAGGUUGUACACAACAGACCAGCGUCAAUGAGGUCAGAUAAUAUUGAAGAGACAACAGCAUGUAAUGUUCAAGAAGCUGAUGAUUUAGAUAUGUGGGCCAUUAAGAGUCAAAGGACAACAGAUUUACCAUUUAAAUCACAGAAUGUUGAUGAUUCUAAACCCCCACAUUUUCCAAAGUCUGCAAGAAGAAAGUCCGGGAAAAACCUUAAAAUCAAUGAACACAUUGACCAGAAUGUAGAAAUGGAAGUUCCUACAAGGCCGAAUUCUUCAAAAAAUAAUUUACAAAACUUAGAAACUGUAAAAUCUAGUGCAUCAGCACCAUUUACUGAUAGGGUACCAUCUAAAUUAGGGAAUGAAACUAAUUCAUCAGAAACAGGAAAUCGAGUGUCGUCUGCAAAACAAAGACCUCCAUCAUCCAGGCCUGCAUCUAGAGCUAAAACUAGCCAGUCAAGACCUGGAUCCAGAGCAAAAAGUAGAGCAAGUUCAAGAUUAAAUGGAGAAAGCCAUUUAACCAUGGAACCCAGUAAUGCUUUGAAGCAGAUUGCCUCCUUGCCAUUAGAUGAGAAUGUGUCAUCUUAUACCUCAGGACUAGGGGAUUUCUUAAUGGCUGGUGUCCAACCUGCAGAACAGGAAAGAACUAUGACACCUUCCAAACAUAAAAAAUCGGGACAGGAAAAAUUUAAAUUAAGUUAUACAUUUUACAGUAUGUCUCCAAGAUCAUGGAAACCAGACAAAAGUUUGUCUGAUGCUGUUCCUAGUGAAACUAUACAACCAAUAGAAACACCCAGACUGGCUGACCCUGAGGACCCAUUAGCUAUUCUAGAUGCCAAAAAUUCAACUGAGGUUCAUGGACUAGGGUCUGCAAAAGGAAGGAAUAUGCUGUCACAGUACAGUUCACAAUACGAUGAGGAAAAUGAAACCAAGAAAGUUGUGGAUGGAAAUAUCAGUCCUGCAUCAACAACUAGGUCCUUGAGUCGUGUAGAUACUUGGUUGCGAGACACCACUCUGCCAGAAAUGCCAUUAGAAUCUAGUCAAUCAACUAAACAGAAUAAGUCCGAGGAUAUAAUACCUCGUCCUUCAUCAAAACAAAACAACUCAUCACGUCCUGGAUCAAAAACUCCCAGAACACCACGUCCUGAAUCAAAAUCUUCCAAAACUCCACGUCUUGAGUCACAGAUAACAUCUGGUCCAACAUCACAGACAUCUAAAACACCACGUCAGACAUCUAAAACACCACGACCUCUGAGUAGACUGAGGUCAUCACAAGCAGAGGAUGGACGACUUUCAAGAGCUAUUGUUGUGGAUGGUGAUAAUUUAAGUAAAUUUGAUGAAGUUGGUGCUAAAGAAAAGUCAAACAUAGAGGAUGUAGAAACAUUAGAUAAACUAGAAUGGGAAUUAGCUUCUCAGUCUGGCAGACUUACAGCUGAUGGGCAGAUUUCUAGACUUAGUGUUUUGGAAGAUGACCAAAACAGCACAGGAAGUUUGGAUAGCCAUAGAUCAUUUAGUAGGAUGUCUCAACAGGAUCAGGGAUAUGAUAUAAACAUAAGGCUCAGGGAAGACGAAUUAUCAGAUGAUAUCAACACAGACAAUGAACAUGAUUUAGAUGAAAUGGAUGUGAAAGCCCUACAUUGAUUCAAAAUUCGGACAAUUUUUUGAAAUGAGCACUACACUGAAAAUACUGUAUUGGACAGGACUUCCUGCUGACCAGUUUGAUUUAUGGAAAUUUACAUUCAUUAAUUAAGGGAACAUAUUCUAUUUUUUUUUAAGCUUGUGGAUUAAUUUGCUAGCAAGUGAAAGUUUGCUAUUUUCUGGAUACUGUAUGUUUGUGUUGUCUAAGUCUUUCUACAAAAAUUAAACCAACCUUUUGUACUGUUACAUGUGAAUUGUCUACACUGAUGCAAUUCACUAUAAAAAAUGAAAAAAAGUGUAAUCAGUUGAUUUAAUGAAAUUAAUGGAUAUUAGUUGUAUCAUGCGUCUGUAGUUACUAUUAACUUUAGGCUUCGGUUUACUAUGAACUUUAGGCUUCGGUUUACUAUGAACUUUAGGCUUCGGUUAAUACUAUAAGCUGGAGUCUUUGAAUGAUGCAAUGAACUUCAAGUUGGUGGAUAUUAUAAACUUCAGGCUUUGUUGGAUAUUAUGACCUUCAGGCUUUGGUGGAUAUUAUGAGCUUUAGUCUUUGCUGGAUAUCAUGAACUUUAGAUUCUGGUGGAAAUUAUAAGCUUCAGUCAUUUGUCGAUUUUAUGAGCUUUAAGCUUUUGAAUACUGGUACUAUGAAUUCAUGGAUAUUAUGAACUUCCUGUUUUGGUGGGUACUAAGAGCUAUUGGCUUUGGUGGAUGCUUUGAUUGAUAUUAAGGAGGCUUAGGCUUUGGUUAAUACUAAUGAGUUUGGGAAUUUGGGGGAUACAUGUACUAUGAGCUUUUAGCUUUGUUAGAUAUGAGCUUCAGGUAAUUGAUACUAUGCGUUUCAUACAUUUUUAUGAUAUUUGUAACACAUAUUGUUUAUGUGAAUUGUUAGUUUUGCUAAAUGUAGUACACUUAUCUCCAUGAUUAAAUUAUUUAUAAAGUUUAAA